CAAUGGAGGCGGAAGAAGACGACAACGACCAGCGACCAGCCCUGAGAUAGCCAGCCAACUUAGAGGCCAUCAUGCCCCACGCCGCCCUCCGCCUAUGCCUCAUAAUGCUGUGCAUGGCUCCGCCCACUUCUCCUACUGAGUGCCCGCGGACGUGCGAGUGCAAGUGGAAGAGUGGCAAAGAGUCGGUUGUUUGCUCCAACGCCAACUUCUCCACGGUUCCCCCGAAUCUGGACAGUGGCACCCAGAUUCUGGACCUGACGGAGAACCACAUUGCCAACCUAAAUAACCAGGAGUUUAGCAAGGCCGGACUGGUGAACCUGCAGAAAAUCUUCCUAGUCAAGUGCCGACUCAAGGCGAUUGAAAAGUACGCGUUUCAGAAUCUCAUCAACUUGGUAGAGCUAGACUUGAGCUCCAACCUUCUCAGCGCAGUGCCAUCGUCCAGCUUCAGCUCUACCCCAGAGCUGAGGGAACUGAAACUGAGCUCCAACCCCAUCUAUGCCCUAACUGCCAAAGCUUUCAGUGCAGUGCCCCAAUUGGUGAGGCUGGAAAUGUCCGACUGCAAGAUCAGCCGCAUAGAAAUCCAGGCCUUUCUAGGUCUGGAGGACUCUUUAGAAUGGCUCAGGCUGGACAACAACAAGCUGUCCCAAGUGGACUCUCUGGCGUUCGUCGGUCUAGCAAAUCUCCACGGCUUGGAGCUGGCAGGCAACCCUUGGAAUUGCUCUUGCAGGCUGAGAGAGUUUAGGGAGUGGAUGCUAGGGCAAAACGUUCCCUAUGACAUACCGCCCAUUUGCCACAGCCCGCCCAGACUGCAGAAGAAAUCGUGGAAGCUUCUCGACCUGGACGAGUUUGCCUGCCCCCCGAAGAUCUACGCCACUGAGCUGAAAGCCAGAGGCGUAGAGGGCGACAAUGUGACUCUUUCAUGCAGCAUCGAAGGCAUUCCGCGGCCCCACGUGAAAUGGGCGGUAAAAAACCGACCAAUAAACAACACGAGCACUCAAGUCGCUGGCCUCAAACUGUUUAUAACCAAUGAGAAGCUCUCUUCAAGUGAACUGUUGAUCCGAAGCGUAGAAUCACAAGACGCAGGCAGUUACACGUGCGCAGCCGAAAACAAAGCGGGCAAAGCCGAGGCUGUAGUCCUUCUGACAAUAGUCAAAAAAUAUUCAGAGAUCAAGUUUUCCACCACAGUGUUGCUAGUGAGUGUUCUUCUGGGGGUGACGCUCACGUUUCUCUGUUGCCUCCUCACUGCAUGUUUCGUAAGCUCGCGGAAAAAGCGGCUACUCAAAUGGCACAACCCCGAGUGCAGGCGCGAGGACAAUUACGAAAAAAUCGAAAUGAAGCCUAAGAUAGGCCAGCGCAACCUCAAUGGGGGCGUGGCUAGGGAGGAUGGGGCGCUGGUGACGAUUGCGCGAAAAAAUGGACAGUACAGCGUCGUGCCAGGCACCGACACUGACCAUGAGAACGACGAGGAAGAGGAGAGCACUUUGGAAAUCACUUCACCUGGAACGUCCACCGAGAAGAAAUGGGCCAAUGAGGACGAGGCUUUGCCUGCAUGCAAAAAUCCUACACCCGCUUACGCCAUAGGCCAGGACUCUAGAGACAAUAUCAACAGGACCUGCAGUUCAACGUAUGGUACAUCUAAGGGGCUUUCAAGUGCCGCACCUACCACUCUGUCCAGUAUCUGGAAAGGGCAGCCCAUCUACACAACAACCAGCUCUAUUCGGCCAGUUCCAGAUGUGAUUGGUCAUUCAUCGUUCAGUCAGACUGUGAGCAGUAGAACGCAAAGUGAGAACGGCAGUGCCAGUGAUUUGAGUGAACUGUUUUGCACGUUGCCGAGAAAACGGGACCUGGGACGCUACAGAAGCAGCGACAGCCAAACGGCGCUGUUGCCUGAGAGUCGCUACGGCAGCGACAGCAGUGCGGACAGCUUCGCCCGUAGACUCUCCAUCGAGAUGCAGCGCUACCCCCCAAUGGAAAAGCAGAAGCCUGCCGGUGGAAGUUUGCUGAAUCUAGCCAGAGAAGAAAAAACUUUGACGCUGAGCUCGACCCCUUUGCUCGAUGUUCGGGGGCUCGAGCAUCGGCUAUCGCCUCAGCUGCAGCCAUCUACGGGCUCCAACCCGUACGACUACCACGCAGCUCAGCUGGAAAAGUUCCUGGAAGAGUAUCGGAUCCUGCAGAAGCAGCUGACUAGGAUGAAGGAAACCUGCGACACCAUCUGCCAGGAGCAGCUUCGAGAGCGCGUUUCGCCUAGCACAGUUGCCAAUCUAUCGGCAGGGCCGUCGCCCAACGCCAGCUCUAUUCAGGAUUCGGUAGACUUUAAGAACUUUGAAAACGAGCUGACGAAGUACUUGAUGUCGCGCAGCCCAUCGGCAGUGAAGGGGUUUGCAUCUGGGGCCCUGCCCAAUCAAAAUCUGUAGAUUCGGGGGGCAAUUGAUUAAAGUGAGGUUGGCCGGGCGAGGGAUUUCUGGACAGCUGGUGCUUUCGGAAAAAUGCGGAAUUUUUGAGUUAUAUAUGUAGAAAAGCUGGUUUGGUGGAAAGCGAAAAACCAACUCAAAUGGAAUUUGUGCUCAUUAAACAUGCGGAAACCCGGCUUGAAUCGGGACAGAAAUAGAGUAGGUUUUGUCACUUAUUACGCAGCUUAAAGUUUCUGAAGUGCUACUCGAGUUCAGUGCAAAAGAGCACGUGCUUUCUAGCUUGGCAUGAUGUAAUAUUAUAUUUAUUUCAACCACCAUGGAGAACUAUUUAACUGAGGAAUAUGAAAGACUAUGUUUAGUGCUCGUUCACUAUUAAUUGCAGGCUGUAACUGAAUUAAUACCAGGCACUAUUUCUCUGAGCAUUCUGCGCUAUUGGGCUUCAAUUUGUAACCGACAAAAUGUGUUACUGUGUACCCACCUAGUAUUACUUUGCUGGAGUCAAGUGAAUCAGGAAAAAGUGUUUCUUGACCACACGUUAUUUUAAAAGUGCAUAAUCAAUGGAUUUUGGAAGUACUUAUAUGUUUGAAAACGCGUGGAUCCUCGAAGCUGUCACGGAAUCAACCGAAGUUAAGUUAGAAUCAAAUUGUGCCAAACGUAAAGACAAUGCAGGCACAAACCUUAUCAGUGGCACGUCUUAAUUUUAAAAAAUCUAAUGCGCAUGCGCAUAUUUCAAUAUAACAGCGGCACUAUUAAUCGCAUAGCUGCAAUCUGUGUCAAUAGACGAUCAUUUGGACGAUCAAUAAGGGCAAGCAGUAAUACAAUUUCUGCUUAUGAAUAUGAUAUACACUCCUGAUCGGGGCUAAUUGUGAAGCCAAAUUUUUUAACUCAAAACACUCUAGUUAUCUAAGGGAGCUCAGCUUGAGCAGGAUCUAAAUAUUUUGAAAAAUCGUAAAAGGGCUUUUGGCUUUUAGAUUCAGUUUUGCGCUGAAAAGUCUUAUAGAAAAAAGAGUUACGGCCGAUUUAAAUAAAACCGUUUAUAAUUUUGAACUUUCUUCAGCUUAAAAAAUGCCAAAUUUGGCAUUACUUUUAAAUAUUUAACCAUUCGAAAAUUGGAGAGGUUUGUGUAUAAAUGAGGUUUCCAGAUACUAAAUCAGGUCGGCUAGUUUUUCCCCAAUUCAUUUUAGAAAGAUGCAAUAGAAAAAAAACAUGAUGCCCAAAUAAGCUUUAAAAUUUGUCUAAUGUUGAAUGUCUAGAUUUCCCGUAAUCAAUUCUUGAAAAUUAGAUAGCAAUUUCUAUCGAGGAAAAACUUGUACUCUUCCCGCACAAGCAUUGAAGUUGCGGCUCCAUUAACCCAGAAAUUAUGUAUUUGCCACAAAACGGCCUCGGUUUAUGGUUCAGAAUUUUAAACCCAAAAUAUUCUUCAGCUUAAAAGGAGCUAUAUUUUGUUUGUCACCGCUUUUAAAUAUGUAAACUUUUGAAAAAUGAAAACGUUUUUCAUAUAAAUUUAGGUUCCAAAUAUUGAAUCAGCGCGGCUAGUUUUUCUGCAAUUAUGUUUUUUUAAAUUCAUUGCAAUUUCUAUGAAAGCUGAAUUUACAGUGUCCGUCACCAAUUUGAAAAUGUCUCGACACUCGCAUGGAUUUGGUAUUUAAAUGGAAUUUGCGGGUCGUUUAGCGGAAGAUUUUCUCUUCAAACCGGUGGGGAAACCUUGCCUAUUUGUCCUGUCAUUAAUUUUUGGAAACUUAACCCAGAAAUAGGUUCAGGGGCAGGGCCUUGAGUUUUGCCAACUUGAAAACUCAAGGUUUUCAAGAAGGUAAAGACCUAAAAGGACGUUGAUUUUUACCAACCAUGAGUUUGUGUAAAUUUUAAAUCUGAUGAUGGCGCUGUUGCCUCGCCGAGACGUAAUGAAAUAAACGAUGUUUCAAAAUUUUUACUUCACACUUUGACUGAGACCCAGGAAAAAUAAGAUAUCAUAACAUGUAUACAUAAUGAAAGCCAUCGCGCGAAUGUUCAAAAACUAAUCCAAGAUUAAAAAAAUUAAACUAAAUUGAGAAGGUUUAAUCAUAAAGGAAUCAAAGGGUAUAUAAAGGGAAAAAAAUUCAUUUUGAUGUGGACUAAACACAAUUAAUCAUAGAAAUAAUAUAGAGAAUUGAAAAUAAGCCCUAAUAAAUUUGUUUUACAUAUUUUGCAACUAUAAGCUGAAGAGAGAUUCGUAUCGUCCUAACAUCAAGAAUGAGUUGCGUGAUAGAAAAUAAGAAGACGGAACCCAUGUUUUGUGAAAUAACCGAGGUACGGCUAGCCGUGACCGAUAAAAAUCUGUUUACGCUCCCAUAAAAAGUUAUCACUUCACAAAGUAUGUUCACAUAAACGUUUAAUGCUUAUGCCACCUUUUUUCACAUAGGAAAACACUUCUUGUCAUGAAGUAGCAUUUUAGAAUCUGUCAGCUGCAAAAAAUGUGAACAAUCCUACUCUAAUACAGCAUCAUCUGACCCAUUAAUUAUAGGGUAGGGUGUCCGGGUGUUUAUAGGGCCUAGAAGAAAGGAUUAAAGUCGAUGAUAAUUUAAUUUUGUCGUAGUCUGCUUGACUAAAUUCGGUAGAAAACUUGCGUCUUCCAGCUCUGUCGGGAAUCAAACAUCGCGAAAAUAUUUGCCCAUUAAAGUAAAUCGAAUCCACGAAGUAACGAGAAAUCGCGCUGCAUGCACCCGCAUGAUAAUUGUAUAGAUCCAGCAUAGGAAAGUCGUUUCAGUUGCAUUAUGAAAAUGGCCCUUUCCCCGGGAUUUCCAAUCGGAAACCCUUCCAGUCCUGCGGUUUGUUUUAAUGGAUCUUUCCAUGGGAAAACAGUGUUUUUUUGCUGAUGGCCAAGACUUUGUUGUUGCCGAUUUAUCGAACCGAAUAACCGUAAUGAAUUUCCCAGGCAUAAAUAACGAAAUUCCCCGUUUUCCAUUUGCAUUCAUAUAAAAAUUUUCGAACCGACAAAUCACCGAUAAAACAAUUCGAAUGAAGGUAUUUGUGAAACGUUAAUAAAAAGUCACGUUCGCCGGGUUGAAAUGCAUGUACAUCAUAGGAUUUUCGGCCCGUUUGGUUAUUACGCAUUAUGAAAGCGACGUUAUUAAUUAAAUUUGGUGCGAAUCAAUGUACUGAAGUCUCCCCCGCCGUGCCCUCGGUAACAUUUAAAUUAUAUAAACAAACAGAAUAAAUUAAUAAUGGGCCCGCACUGGAAUCGGUUUGGCCACUGCAUUGUGAGCGGCAAAAUUACCCGGAAAAAUCGCGCUUUGGUCGCUCCAUCGGAGGUUAAUCAGUUGAGAGAAAGACAGCUUUCUGGAUAUCCAACCCUGGGCCCCGCCCUAGUUAAUUAACACACUAACAAUAAUAUUUCUAAGGUGAUUUAAUUGCAAUAUAGUCGACUAGUUUGGUUGUAAAUAAUUGUCACCAAUCGAUACGUAAUUCCCAAGGUUUUCCUCUUUUUCCUAUUUCUUGGAGGUCAUUUUGUGAUAUUGAUGUAGACCAGCGGGCCAGCGGACCCGAUUGUUAGCUUGGUUUCUUAGUUUUUAAUAAAAUUUGUUUAGCAAAUGUG